AUGCCGGGGGGCGGAGGGCCAGGAGGAGGUGUCGAUAUGGGUGGUGGUCCCGGAGGGGGUAACAGACGGAGGAUGCAGCAACAGCCGACGUAUGCGCAAUACCAGCAAUAUCAACAGUAUCAGCAGCAGCCCAUGUAUCCAAACUACAUGAACCCCUACGCUCAGCCGACGCCGUAUUACCAUCAGCUGCCGCAUCAGUACCAGAACGGAGGCAUGCCCUCUGGCUACAUGCACUAUCAGCAACAGCAGCCCUACGUGCGAUCACCACAGGCCAUGCCUCAACCUCAAUAUGUCCCCAUGGCCGGCGUGAGCGUUCCUCAGCCGUAUUCGCAACCGUCGCCUGCUCUCUCAACGCCGUAUCACCCACCUCCCGUCCCUGCUGUCAACCCUGUUCAGACGCCGCCGCCUCCUCCGCCUCCGCACGUUGAACCUACGCCCGAGCCUUCAGUCGUCACACCUUCUGUAGUGUCCUCGGUCGUGUCUUCAUCAGUCGUCACGCCUUUCGCUGAGCCAUUCCACCCGGCCGCGGCGCCCCCAGCCCCUGCCUCUGCCCCUGCUCCCGAGAGCCCAGAGCUUCCCAAAGAUGUAAAGGAAUUUCGCGCACCACUCCCUUGGACACCUCCCGACCAAGCACCGUUCCCUAGAAGGGCUCCCAAGUCAAGGCGAAGCAGAAGAUUGAUGAGCGCGAAUGCUCAGAAUCUGACACUGCCUGUGGAGCAGCACGAGGGCGCUCUCGAGUCGGCCACCAAAAGCGGCACGGAGGACAGCCUCCAAGUGAAGGCCGAUGCGAAGAAGGUGGCGCUCUGGAACUCCAAGGACACCGACUCCGAGAGUGCCACCGUGAGAGCAGACUCCCUGGCGUCUGAAACUCCUAAGGAGAGUGACAGGUCAGCGACUAGCGUCUCAAACAUGGGCAGCCCGAAGGUGAAUGUACCGGGGUCUGAGGCCAGACCCACGACAAGCAACUCGAACGCCUCGGCGUCCCGCCCUGCCGUUCCUGUUGUCCCAGUCAUUCCAGCUCUUCCAAAGAGCAGCCCCAAGGAGGCUAAGGCAACAAGCGUCAGCCAGCUCGCAGAAGAGCCCAAGCAAGUUGCAUCUCGAGAGGCGAAGCCUGCUGAAGCAACAGAGGGCACGGAAGUUGCUGGCGCGGAGCAAGAGAAGCUCGAGGCUCCUCCGGCAGCUCCCGCCAAGGCGGGCCCGAAGUCAUGGAGUGGACUGUUCUCCGCAGCCGCCGCCGCUGCUGCUCCCAAGGCGCAGCCCGCUGCUAAUGGCCCUAUUGCUCCGGCCGCGGCCAACGGUGCCACCACAAAUGGCGAUGGUGCUGUCAACGGCAGCGCACCCACCUUUUCUGCAGGAAACACUAACUCUCUGGCAUCUGCCAUCCAAGACUUCCGGGUUAGCAAUGCUGCCAGGGUUCAGUUCAUCGAGCCGAGAGGCCUGAUCAAUACCGGCAAUAUGUGCUACAUGAAUUCAGUUUUGCAAGUCCUUCUUUUCUGUGCGCCAUUCUACAACUUCUUGGAUCAGGUCAGCAAGAAGGCUGUGCACAAGUUCAAGAGCGACACGCCCGUCAUAGAUGCCAUGAUUAUGUUUAUGAGGGAAUUCCGGGUCAUCGACUCGACUGAAACGGUCGAGAAAUUGCGCCGGAAGCUCAAGAGCGAGCAGCUGGAGCAAUAUGGUGAUUCGUUCAUUCCCGAGUUUGUGUACAAGGCCAUCCAGCCUCUCCCGGCGUUUGCUAGCAUGAGACGUGGACACCAGCAAGAUGCUCAGGAGUUCCUGGGUUUGAUUCUCAAUGCCAUCGACGAAGAAUGCGCCCAAGUAAUGUCAACGAGUGGCUCUUCCAAUGGGGCCGCUGAAACCCGGCCUACAUCCUCCGCCGCCAGCGUUGUUGAGUCGAACGACGGCGCGGACGGGUGGUUUGAAGUUGGAUCGAGACAAAGGGCAGUUGAGACGCGCUCGUCCGGAGCCAGCUCGACGACGCCCAUCACUCGUUUGUUUAGUGGACAGUAUCGAUCAGAGCUUCGCCGUCCUGGUGUGAAGGACUCGGUGACUACGGAGCCUUUCCAGUCCCUGCAGUUGGACAUUGGCGCCCCGUACAUUCACAACGUUGUCGACGCGAUAAAGGGUCUAACGGUGCCCGAGAGGCUACAGGGCGAUGCUGCCCCCAUGACGAAGCAGACUCUGAUUGAGACUUUGCCCCCGAUUCUCAUCCUUCACCUGAAGCGCUUCAAGUUCGACACUGAAGGAACGACCAAGAUCGGCAAGAAGGUCGGUUACCCUCUCGACUUGCAGCUCCCCGCGGAAGUUCUCUCGAAGCGACGACGCAACGCUCUUGUCUCCGAGGGUGCCGGCAUGCCCAAGUACAGGCUCAUCGGUGUCGUCUACCACCACGGCAAGCAAGCCAACGGCGGUCACUACACAGUGGAUGUGCGACGGCAAGACGAAAAUGAGUGGAUCCGCCUGGAUGAUACGAUCAUCCGACGUGUCCGCAGUGAGGACGUGGCCGAGGCUGGUGCGGAGGAGGAUGCCAAGGACACGGGCCGAUCAGGUCCCGCGUCGCGCGACGCGUCGACCAACCGGUUCGGCGCCAUGGCAGACGACGACGAGGGUGAUGAUUGGAAGGAGGUCACCACCUCUGCGAAGGGCGGUGAUAAGGGCGGCGAGAAGAAGUGGAGCGCCGUGGCCAACGGCAAUGGCACCGCGUCCAAGGGAAAGCCGGCCAAGGACAACAUCAAGGACAACAAGGUUGCCUACCUGCUAUUCUACCAGCGAGUCUGA